GACAGCUAAAGCAACCACCUCCCUUUGGACUUUUCUGUUCCGGUGGAGCGGAGAUGUUCGGAACGCGAACGCGUGAAAAGUUACGCGCCGCCUUGAGAAAUCUCGCAGUCGUCCCUCGGUCGUCUCGUAGUCCGGAGCGUGCGGGACCAGGACAUCUCGUCUAACCUCCCGAAUUAUCAUUCACAUUGAAAUAACAUUGAAUAAUCAACCGCGUGAAACGAUCAGAGCGACGCUAGAGAGUGUCGCGCUGGCUGCACACUCGUCGAGUUCUCUCUGUUACAAUAUACAACGAUAUCUUAACGCAUUGAGAAUAUCUUAAGAAAAGAGAAAACUACGAGAAGAUAAAAAGAAGGUAUAUUCUGAUAUCGUGAAUGAUCACAAAAUUGAAGUACCGACAUCCGGAAAACAGAGGAAAUAAGGAGAAAAGCGUUUCGUUAAAUAUUAAUCGGUAACGCUAGCGAGUAUAACAACCGCCUCCGAACUUCUCUAUCCGUGACAGUGAAAGUGCCGAGGAAAGAAGGAAAAAAGACCGGCCGCCUCUUUAACGAUACUCGUGUUUACGAAAGAACGGGCAAGAACUUCGUUGCAAGUCGGUGCCUUCGUCGAAUUUGGAGACGAAGAAACGAUUGUCGUGUUUACUGCGUAAAACUGUGUCGUGUUAUCACUGAGUGCCACGGUCACGAAGAAGUAUUCAAAAAUCUGUGAAUUCGUCACUGAAGAUAAAACCAAAUAAUAUCGACAGAGAGAUUCAUGAUGAGGUUUGGACUGAUCCAGUUAUUAUAUCGUUUUAUAAAUUUUAUUAUACCGUUCCUGCUCUUGGAAAGAUGCGCCAGCAUUGAGAGAUUGAAAGGUUUAUAUUCCUGGAAGGCUCUAGAAUUUGCCUUCCCAAAUGAAAAUGCAAGAGAUCUUGCUAUACAAGAAGGCCGUUUUAUUCCUGGGGCACCGGUACCGAUCGACGUGGAUUUUUAUCACAGAGCAAAACAUGGAUCCGUAGUCUUCAUCACGAUACCUAGGAUUCAAAACGGGAUUCCGGUCACCCUCGGUUACGUCACGAAUGACGUCUCUUCUGAGGGAAAUCCGUUAAUUGCGCCUUAUCCAAGCUGGGAAUGGAACAGAUUGGGACAUUGCGAUGCGAUGACCAGUGUGUUCAGAGUGCAGGUGGACUCGUGCGACAGGUUGUGGGUCAUCGACACCGGCAAACUCGAGGAUCGGCAGAUCUGUCGUCCUCAAUUGCUGUCAUUUUCAUUGCGUACGAACAAGGUCCUGAGCCAGUACAAGUUUCCAAAGGACCAAUUCAAGGAUGAUUCCCUAUUCGUGACGAUCGCGGUCGACAUCCGCAACAGCGGUGACAGAUGUCACGACACGUUCGUCUACAUCGCCGACGUGACUGGAUUCGGAUUGCUCGUCUACGAUCACCGCAACUCCCGCUCCUGGAGGAUCACCAACAAUCUGUUUUAUCCCUAUCCACCCCACGGAACGUUCCAUAUCAAAGGAGACACGUUCGAUCUUAUGGAUGGCAUUUUAGGACUAGCCUUGAGCCCGCUGAAGCAAGACGGUGAUAGAAUUUUAUACUUCCACUCUUUGGCCAGCAGAGUCGAAAGUUGGGUACCCACUUCUACUAUCAGGAAUUAUAGCCUCUUUGAAGAGCAUUCCGACUCUGCGCCAAGGUCGUUCCGUCCAUUUGCUAUGGAAAGGUCAUCGCAGUCGGCCGCUCAAGCUAUGGACGAGAAUGGGGUUCUCUUCUUCGGUCUUCUAUCAGAUCUCGCAUUAGGAUGUUGGAACAGUAUCACUCAUCCCGAAUACGGUGGUACCAAUACCGAAGUCGUUGUCAUCAAUCCCGAUACUCUUCAAUUUCCGUCUGGAUUGAAGAUCAUUACCGCGAAAAACGGCCGUCAAGAGGUAUGGAUUCUCACAUCGUCGUUCCAAAAAUUCAUGACCGGGGCUAUGAGCUCGAACGAGACAAACUUCCGAAUACAAGCCGGUUAUGUGGACGAGCUGAUUCGCGGUACCAAGUGUAACGGUGCGCGUCUCAACUUUGACGGUUACGGGGCGCCGAUACUCGCCAAAUGAAGAUCGUGGCACCGCGGGGAGUUCGAUAAUUCGCGUUUUCAGACGGUGACGUCCGUCCGGUGGCACAAGUAUCCGAACUUUUUCGCGGCGUACCACCACUUUCCAUCCUCCAUCCGGCCAUCGUAUUCAUUCCCGAGAAUUUUUACUAGACCAUCCUUCUUCCCCUGGAUCGUGAGAUCGAUCUACCGUCACAGACCAGUCGAUUACACCAUCUUUAUUGAUCACAGUUGAUUGGACGCGCGAUAUUACUACACGUACCUAUACAAUAUUCCCGAUGCGAAGGACAAAUGGCUCUCUCUCCAUAAUAUUCUCAAGAUUUUGUAGAAUUUAUCAGCUUGAGGAGCCAUGAAACUACUCGUGGUGCCAGUUACCUUUUACAAUCCUUUUACAAUAGUUCAUAUUCUGGUGCUUUGUGGUGUACACAAUUUAAUAGCAAUAACCACCACCAAUGGAAUAUAUAUAUUAUGUAUAUAUUAAUGUAUAUAUAUGUCACAGUCUUUUUGUAUAAUCAGCCUUUUUGUAAAAUGACGCCUUUUUGCAUAACGCCUUUGAAAAUAACGAUUAUUCCUCGUAAAAUACAUGCGUGAUAGGGCAGUAUGUUUCGUCCCUCCUAUGGGAGGGCUCCACCUAAAAAAAAAACUAACCUAAGCCAAACCAUUUCUUGGUGUGGGAUGGACCUCGCUUCGCGUUGUAAAGUGUUAGCGCGAAGGUAUACUUCAUUGAAUAACCGGGCUAAGUCCGCAAUAAAAUAAUAUAGUGGCUGACUUUGCCAUCGCUGGAUGGGCAGUUGACUUUGCCCAUAAAACUGGGUAAUGUCGUUAUUUUCAAAGACGUUAUGCAAAAAGGCUGAUUAUAUUAUACGAAAAGGCUGCGACAUAUAUAUACAGGGUGUCCCGCAGUAGUUUUUGAGAUAUAAUGUUUAAAUUUAGCCAGUUAUAGAUUACGAUUAAACGGAAACAUGUCCGUGAACGUCGAUAAUAUUAGUGAUCGCGCACUUCACACGAGUACUAAUCUUAUAAUUGGCUAAAUUUAAACCCUUAUAUCUUAAAAACUAUUGCUUAAAAUAAAAAUUUACAAAUAACUUUAUUAUU